GCCUCUCCUUGCGCUCCUUGCUGGACUGGGAAGCCGCUGCCAGCCUGCCGUCUCUGCCGCCUCUCGCCUCUCUCCGCCGCGGCUCCUGCUCCUCGCCUCCCGAUGCGCCUGGCCGAGAUGAUCAAGAAAAUGGGUCCCAGCGAUUCGGAGCUCAAUAUCCCGGCCAAGAACUGCUACCGGAUGGUCAUCCUGGGCUCGUCCAAAGUGGGCAAGACGGCCAUAGUCUCUCGCUUCCUCACCGGCCGCUUCGAGGACCAAUACACGCCCACCAUCGAGGACUUCCACCGCAAGUUCUACAGCAUCCGCGGGGAAGUUUACCAGCUCGACAUCCUCGACACGUCGGGGAACCACCCGUUCCCGGCCAUGAGACGCCUCUCCAUCCUCACAGGAGACGUCUUUAUUCUGGUGUUCAGUCUGGACAACCGAGACUCCUUUGAGGAGGUGCAGCGCCUGAAACAGCAGAUCUUGGAGACCAAGUCCUGCCUGAAGAACAAAACCAAGGAGAACAUCGAUGUUCCCCUGGUCAUCUGCGGGAACAAAGGCGACCGCGACUUCUACCGCGAGGUUGGCCCCCGAGAGAUCGAGCAGUUGGUUGGGCAGGACCCCAAAAAGUGCGCCUACUUCGAGAUCUCUGCCAAGAAGAACAGCAGCUUGGACCAGAUGUUCCAGGCUCUCUUCACCAUGGCCAAGCUGCCCAGCGAAAUGAGCCCGGACCUUCACCGGAAAGUGUCCAUUCAGUACUGUGACCUCUUGCACAAGAAAACUCUCAAAAGCAAAAAGUUCUUGAAGGAAGGCUCAGGAGAAAGUGCCGGAGAGGCCUAUGGCAUCGUGGCUCCCUUUGCCCGCCGGCCAAGCGUACACAGCGACCUCAUGUACAUUCGCGAGAAGACCAUCCGGGGAGGGCAGUCGAAGGACAAAGAGCGCUGUGUGAUCAGCUAAGCCUCCCUUGCCUUAAAGACCUUCCCAGCGGAGACGGGAAGCCUCUUGUUUACUACCAAAAACUCUUGCCAGCCCGUAGGGCGGCAGAAGCAGCAGCAGCAGCCUGCGCCUUCUCUGCCAAGGGCGACACAGCUGCCAUGCCAAAGGCCUCGAUGCCUCCAUGCUCUUUGCAGGGGACUCUAUUUUUCCAACGGCUCCCCGCGAUUUCGUUUUUUUAGAUUUUGGAGGUGAGCCGCCUCGGGAUUUGCCAGCGGGAGUUCCCUGGCCGACAGAUGGACUUAAGAACUUGAAAGUGGAGAAGAGAGAGACAUUUGCAAGAAAGGGAAAGAAAGAAAAACUUUGUGGGAAGGAAAGAUGGUUCCCUUCCUGUCUCUCUGCAUUGUAUUUUGUCUUUAAAGUACUUAAGGGGGGGGUUCGAGGGGGGAGGGGGGAAAACAGCCAUUAUUGAACUGUGAAGAUAACUCUCAAGGCUGUGUCUCUUCGUGAUGUUUUCUGUGGAGCAACUCCAGAAGAAUUUAACAAUUGUUGCUGCUAAAAAAUAACUUGCCAAGACUCUCCAUUGCGCCCCUCUGUCCCAAUGUUUGGGACUAUAUGAGGGUUUUGUUUUGGGGAGGGGGGGAGUUGGCUAUUGAAAAAACCGCUCCUUGUUUACAUUGGCCUUUCUCUGUCUUGAUUUUUUUCUCUCUCAGAACGAGAAAAUUGCAUUCAAGCAAACAGGCACUUUAUAUGUCGAGCUCUUUCUGGUCCGUGGACUUGAACAAAAUCGCAGCUCAGUGUUUUCUUGCGACGAGCUUUGUUAAUAUUUUUUUUUCUACAAAAAUAAAACUUUUGAAAAUAACGAGAAA